UGGCUGCUUGGCACUCGGACGGAGCGAGGGACCACGCGGAUCGCGUGCCGACGGUUGGCACCUGGAAUAUCGCAACGAAAACAAAUCAAGAAGGAGUACGUGUUGGCCACGCCCGGUGCCAAUGCCGAGGCAAGGUCAUUGUUGCAAUCGCUGUUUUCGAUUGCAACCCACUCGUAGCUGGUCUUUGUCGUGUCGGUAUAAAUACCGCGCGGGGGGAUACGUCCAAGUGUCAGAUCCUUCAGACGAGUCACUCAGUCAGUUUUGCACGUCGCCGAACCCCAACCAACCAGCAGACAUGAAGUUCUUGAUGGUGCUGCUGUUCGCCCUGGUGGCCGUGUGCUCGUGCUACCCCGCCGAGCCGGCGCCUGAAGCCCCCGCGGAGAGCCUGAAGGGCUCUGAGGCCGUGUACCUGGCCGCCCCCUACUCCGCCUACUCCGGCUACUCCGGCUACGGCCUGGGAGUGCCCGCCGUCUACCCCUACGGCGCCUACGGCACCUACGUCUACCGCCGCUGAUAACCUAACCUCAAUCCAACUCUCACAUUCCCUCUCUGUCGGCCUCUGCAUUUGAUUCUCGCAUACAACUGUGUGGUUUAAAGUUGCUAAAUAAAUUACUGUACUUUCAA